UCACUGAUACCUUUGAUAGCUAGCACUUCAUACCUAGGCGUACCGAGACUACUAUCACUGAUACCUUUUAUAGCUAGCACUUCAUACCUAGGCGUACCUAGACUACUAUCACUGAUACCUUUUAUAGCUAGCACUUCAUACCUAGGCGUACCUAGACUACUAUCACUGAUACCUUUGAUAGCUAGCACUUCAUACCUAGGCGUACCGAGACUACUAUCACUGAUACCUUUUAUAGCUAGCACUUCAUACCUAGGCGUACCGAGACUACUAUCACUGAUACCUUUUAUAGCUAGCACUUCAUAGACUGCUGUCACACGUUCAUUUUUACUAGUAUCUAUUGAACACUGGGUUCCAGGCACUGGGCUAGGCAUUGGGAGGGUGUCACAAGCAAAAACUGACCCUUCCUGCCGUGGAGUUUACUGGGGGAGGCACAUGUUACUGAAAGAAUCACACCAACAAUAGAAAAUGGCUCAGACAGAGGAGCAAAGGUGCAUCCCGCCGGAGCUGCCAGAAAUUCUGAAGAAGUUUGCCAGAGCCGCCAUCCUGGCGCAGCCGGAGGACCUCCUCCAGUUUGGGGUCGAUUAUUUUGGGGCCCUGUGCCGUGGAGAGAGUCCUCCGGUGAGAGAGCAGUCUGAGCAAGUCGGUAACUGGACACAAUUAACACCGGAGCUUUUAAAGAUCCUGCAUUGUCAGGUUGCCGGCAGACUGAUCGUCCGUGCAGAUGAGCUGGCCCAGACGUGGAAGGCGCUGAAUCUCCCAACACAUCUGUUUAAGAGUGUGAUGAACAUGGGUCGCUUCACGGAGGAGAUAGAGUGGCUGAAGUUUUUAGCCCUCACUUCCAGUGCUCUGGGAGUUACUAUCACAGACACUCUCACGUUACUGUGUGAGGUCUUAUGUGACCAUGAUGGUGGGCCACCCCGGAUACCUUUCAGCACGUUCCGGUUUCUCUACACGUAUAUUGCCAAAAUGCUUGGUGAGAUCUCUGCUUCACACGUCAGCAGGAUGCUAAACUACAUUGAGCAGGAUGUAAUUGGUCCUGAUGGUAUCAUCAGAGUGAAUGACUUUACCCAAAACCCUAGGGUUCAGCUGGAGUAAAAGCACAAUUUUGGCAGUUUUAAAGGAAGAUGCAGAGAUGACUGUACUUCAGAAUGACUGAAACCCAUAUGCCCUCCAAAAUCAAUCAUCAGAGUGAAUGACUUUACCCAGAACCCUAGGGUUCAGCUGGAGUAAAAGCACAAUUUUGGCAGUUUUAAAGGAAGAUGCAGAGAUGACUGUACUUCAGAAUGACUGAAACCCAUAUACCCUCCAAAAUCAAUUAUCUUGUACAACUGGCACACACGAAUAAACAAUUAAACAAACAUGAAAUCAGAAAUGUGUGGAAUUAAGAUGUGAAAUUGUUGGAACAAAACAUCUUCAUUCCCAGGAGAUUAGUAUUCCUCCCACGUGGACACUGAGUAAAAGGGGCUGACAAAGCAUGGAUAGAAAUGCAUCUCCAAUCAAAGCCAGACAGUCCGAUUUUAAAAGGUAGACUGUUAACCAGACACAGUGUGUUGUUCUGUGAUUGUUAGGCAUCAUUUAGAUGAGUGUCUUUCAUGUGGCCAAUUGAAGUUUUUACCAGUUUAUUUCUCCAUUUGUUGGUACUGUGCUAGUCAUUCAUUCAUAUUCUCACUCAGCAAUAUUUAUUGAAGUUAGCUAUGUGCCAGGAAUAGGCUUGCCAGAAAAAAUACAGGACACCCAGUUAAACUUGAAUUUCAGACAAACAACAAAUAAGUUUUGUUUUGGUUUUUGCUAAACCUGGCAACAUUCCAGGAACUAUGCAGGCUUCUGAGCACAUACAAAUAAGUAAUAUCUAAAUUCUGCCUUCA